GAAAAGAACAAAGAAAGGAGAGAAGGCCGGUGUCUCUGUCACUGGGAUCACUUUUGCCCCCUAUCUUCUCUUCUCUUCUCUUCUUUUCACCUCACUCUUCUGUCUUGAGCCUCGACAAACACACACACCACACCAGACACAGUUUCCGCUUUCAAGACAUAUUUAUAUACAUUCGCCAUUUGUUACUCACUCACUCACUGUGACAUAACACUCUCACUCUCACAAUCCCCAAAACUCUCUAACUAGGGUUAGGGUUAGGGUUUCGCCCCCAAUUCCCAACUCCCCGAAACUUUUCCCUUCUAAUGCGUCCAAAAUCCCAAAUUCUACCCUAUAUCCAACAAUGUACGGCUCCAUGAACGUUCCCAAUCAGAUUUCCGCCGCCGAAGACAACGGCGCCGCCGCCUCCGACUCCGUCGACAACCACCACCACAAUCAUUAUAAUUCCCACGGCCUCGAGGACGGUGCCGGCGGAGUCGUCGAAGAUGCCGACACCGUGUACGUUUCCGGUGGCGGAGGCCCCGACAUGUCUAUAAUUCCCUGUGAAGAUUCUAGCCAGCUCACGCUCUCGUUUCGUGGCCAAGUCUAUGUCUUUGAUUCCGUUACACCCGAAAAGGUUCAAGCGGUGUUAUUGUUGUUGGGAGGGUGCGAAAUGCCUUCGUCGGGUUCGCAAUGUGCAGAGUUAUCGCCUCAGAAUCAGAGGGGUGCAGUGGAAUUCCCUGGAAGGUGCAGUCAGCCACAUCGAGCGGCAUCAUUGAAUAGGUUCAGACAGAAGAGGAAAGAGCGAUGCUUCGACAAGAAAGUUAGAUAUAGUGUGCGUCAAGAAGUUGCACUCAGGAUGCAACGUAAUAAAGGCCAAUUUACUUCAUCUAAGAAACAAGAUGGAGCUAAUAGUUGUGGUUCAGACCAAGAGUCAAUGCAAGAUGCUGUUCAAUCAGAAACAUCAUGCACACACUGUGGCAUAAGUUCAAAAGCCACCCCAAUGAUGCGGAGAGGGCCAUCUGGUCCAAGGUCACUUUGCAAUGCUUGUGGGCUAUUUUGGUCAAAUAGGGGUACGAUGAGGGAUCUUUCCAAGAGAAACCAGGAACACACACUUGCCCUACCCGAGCCGGUUAAUGAAGGCAAUAACACGGAUUGUCGAACUGCUGUCCCUGAAAAUAUCAAUGUUACUGCUUUCUCUGAAAAUGAUAACGCAUCAUUGGCAACUGAUCGAUGAGUUUUCCGGUGACUGGAAAUACUCGCCAUUGACUGGCAUUGCACGUUGCCGUCAAGGAUGGAGAGGAGCCAGCUCAUGUCACCGAUGGAGGCUUUGAGGUAGGAGAGGACCUUGCGGAUGUCUGCGGCGCGGAAACGAUGGUGAUGACGCGACAGAGGAUGGAGCAGCUCUUGAACUUGCGGACAAAGGAGAGAGCACGAUCGAGGUUCUUGGAGGCUUUGGCAGUGACGUAGCGAACGGAGCGCUCGUAGAGAGGGGGACGCCGAAGGAGGAGGCGGCGGAAGUAACAAAACGGAGGAGAGCUAGUAUGGAGUAAAAAGAAGUUAGGUUAUAUUAAAGGAUAUUUUGGAAAUUUCAAAUAAUUUUUUAGGAUUUAGGUAGU